CGCUCGGUCCUGCGGGGCUCCCGCGCCCCCGCGCCGGCACCGCCGCGCCUCCGCCGCGCCGCAGAGCCGAGAGGCAGAGUUUGGUAUGAUACCAUGGAAGGGCAGCACAACCAUCCUCAUCAUCUAGGGGACCAGAACAACCCUCUGUGCAAGCUGCCAGGGCAGGAAUUCCAGCAUGAUCCUCAGAGACAUUUAACGUCGUACCCGUAUCGCUGCACCUUGGCAGAUUUUCAGAUUGAGAAAAAGAUCGGCCGAGGCCAGUUCAGCGAAGUUUACAGAGCUACUUGUCUGCUGGACAGGAAACCUGUGGCUCUGAAGAAGGUGCAGAUUUUUGAAAUGAUGGAUGCCAAGGCAAGGCAAGAUUGCAUUAAAGAAAUUGACCUCUUGAAGCAACUGAACCACCCCAACAUAAUUAAGUAUUUGGAUUCUUUCAUUGAAGACAAUGAACUCAACAUUGUCCUGGAGCUGGCUGAUGCUGGGGAUCUCUCUCAGAUGAUUAAGUAUUUUAAAAAGCAGAAACGGUUAAUCCCGGAAAGGACGGUGUGGAAAUAUUUUGUGCAGUUAUGCAGUGCAGUGGAACACAUGCACUCCCGCAGGGUGAUGCACAGAGACAUAAAACCAGCCAACGUGUUUAUAACAGCCACAGGGGUGGUGAAGCUGGGAGAUCUUGGAUUAGGCCGGUUUUUUAGUUCUAAAACCACUGCAGCACAUUCCUUAGUGGGAACUCCCUACUAUAUGUCCCCAGAGCGAAUACACGAGAACGGCUAUAACUUUAAAUCUGAUAUCUGGUCUUUGGGCUGUUUACUGUAUGAGAUGGCAGCUCUGCAAAGUCCCUUCUAUGGAGAUAAAAUGAACCUGUUUUCUCUUUGCCAAAAAAUUGAGCAAUGUGACUACCCACCUCUUCCAGCUGAACAUUAUUCUGAAAAGCUGCGGGAGCUGGUGAGCAUGUGCAUCUACCCCGACCCAGACCAGAGGCCCGACAUCAGCUACGUGCACCAGAUAGCCAAACAAAUGCACGUGUGGACCUCGAGCACAUGAGCCAGAGCCGGCACAGCUCAGUCUUACUUGAAUUCUUUUCCUCAGCUGAACGCGACUGGUGCCAGGUCACACAGGUGGGAGGUUGAGCACUCGCAGCAGAGGCUCCAUUGUUUGCAGGUUAUUUGACAAGGACUCUUACAGGUGGUUGUGCUUUAACGUGAAGAUUCUGUGAGGUAUUGCAAGUGAUUCUUUUUAUUUUUUAUUUUUAAGGCAAAUAAUGUUACGGAUGUAGAUCAUUUAAGGGUCCUUUCUUAAAACUGUCGUGUGUAAUCUAGGAUAGCAGCUACUACCGAGGGCUCAGCGUUUGCCAGACCUUCUAUCUUAACUGUAAUGUGAAAUAUUGAAAUAAUUCCUUCAGUGAAAUCACUUUAUACUAAUGUAAGGAUUACCAUA